GUAGAACAUGUAUUUUACAGUUCUAUAUUCUAAUAUAUGUUAAAUGUUUGCUGUUACAUAAUGAUAUAUCCGAAGGUAUUAAAAUUGCCGCCAUUAAUAAGUGUGCUUUUAUCAGGACUAUUCAAAGACUGUUAUGUCUACGGCAACACUUGUUAUUAUUUGCAUAAUCAGUUGUAUACCUUCCAUAAACAACAGUGUGAACAUGGAUGUUGCAGUGACUACGGACAUGUCGAAGACAUAUGCUGUGCUGCAGAAAUCUGGACUGCAAGCACCACUGUUGGAGUAACUCUAGGCUGUGUUGCGGUCGUAAUCAUACUUGUUGCCAUUGGCAUAAAAAUUUGGUUCACAAUCAAGAAAAAGAGUAAACAGGGAGUUGAACCUCAAUUUAACGAUAAUGCAAGUGUUCGGCUUCAGCUGAACAAUAACCCAAUGGGCUCCACUCGGUCGGUCAGCGCCCUGUCACAGCACGGUAAUGAUUUUCCGCCACCGUAUUCACCUUCACAGUCUCCAAGACCGCCGACACGAUUCUCACAAACAUCACCAAUAGAACUUACAGUUCUAAGCGACCCUAAGCAAAUGAGAAAAUUGUCGCCGCAGCCGCCUCCCUACACUUCUACUACACAGACAUUACGACCGUCCCCACGAGUCGGGGGGCGUUUGUCUCCGCAAGUGUAUUCUUUUCAGCCUUCUCCUGCUCGAAACCUGGCGCCAUCUAGGGCGUGGUAAUUUUAGGAUAAUCAGCAUUCACAAGAAAUAAAAAAAAACAUGAAGUCGUCUCGUACAAAGUUCAUUCUUAAUAUGACGGAAGCAGUCGUGUUUCUGAGAAAAAAAAAACACGAUAAAAAUAUUCAAGUUCAUCUAUUACCAGAACUGAUGGAUUCGAAUAACAAUGUUUUUGAAUAAAUUGACUUUAUGUUUAAGAAACAAAAAUGUCAGCUCAAUUUAGUAACUUUAUGGUCUAAACGUUGACAUUUUGAUCGCAAAAAAAACGUAUAAUUUAUAUUCCGUCACGUUUUUCACGAACAACGGGCAAUUACAUACAAAAUACCAAGUCUGAAUACAAAGAAACUGCUUAAACUUGUUUCAGACUUUCAGCUUUAUGUAUAAUUAUUCCAAGUACCUAUGCCAACUCCAGUCUUAAAUUUUUUAUCAGAAAUAUUAGCAUAAAAGUUACAACAAACUUAAGUGAAGGAAAACUUAAGCGGAGUGAGGCCUGACUAAACGCCGUUUGACCACAUCAUUUUGUUUCUUCGUUACGACAAAUAGCAGGAAACCACGCUUGAAAUCUCCAGUAAUCUUAAAUUUGAAGGAACCAGCAAUAUUUCAGUGCAUGUACACCCUAUGCUUCUUUAUGUCUAAUAUCCGCAAUAGACUCGUUUCAAAAAAGUAUGACAAAUUUUAUAGGGAAUCGAUCCUACCGAAAAUCAGGAUCGGUCCCUCUACGGUAAUAUGCAAUAUACCGAAUGAGAUAUAUCCUAUCGAAUUGAAAAAAAGAAUCCUUCCGGCACGUGCACAAAGCGUCUGACUUUGGAUUUUUUUUUUUGGAAGAAUACGCUUUUUCCUUGUGCCGAAUAAGCGUCCACAUAACUAGUCCAAACAGCAACGUCUUGCACAUUAGUACAAAUAUGGGCAGUGUUGUUUUUAUUCCAAAAUCUACCUUCAAAUUGAUAGGGUGUCGAUCCUACGCGAUGCGACGAAAAUCUGCCGAUAUACCGAAUGAGAAAUUUACUAUCGAAUUAAAGAUAUGUGCUUCCCAGUUCUUUUCAAACGUUAUGGGAAAGUUGAAGUCGGAUCGAUUCCCGAUUGAGCCUGUGCCUUAUUUCAUAUAAAUUACUGUCUUAUGACUGUAAAAACAGGCUUUUUUUCUCAAGAGACUAAGUAUUCUGCUUAAAUAUUGUUUGAAUUUUCAAUUCGGCGUGUAAUGUCUGAAUCCGUUCCCAGAAGUAUUAAUUUUACGAGUGCACAUGCUCAAUAAAUCAGAAGUUCGUAACGGGAUAUUGACAAACCUACGGAUGAGAAAGAUCCAUUUAUGUUAAGAAUCUAUUUGAUUGUAUCACCUUGAAAUCACACCAUCAGUCACACUGCAACAAUCUCCUACGCAGUGACCCCCCUUCGCAGUAAAAAGAAGUAGUGCAAGGGAGGCAACCGCUGCUCGGGGAUUGUCACUAUAAAUGAGCUGAAUUGUAUGCAUUACAACAGUAACAAUAAAUGCUUGGGAGGUCGUACGACUGUAAUAUACACACGCAGUCAUGCAUUCUAAGAUUUGGUAUUUACAUGUUUUCUUUAUAAUCCAAAUGGUACAGCUUCGUUACUUCAAGUCACGUAUUUUGAUAAAAAGGUAGGUUUAGGUUAUUAUGUGCUGUAGUACAAGUAAAGAAAUUCUGUCAGAAAAGAAAUCAAAAUAUACUUUCGUAGAUUAUAAACGGAAGUCUGCUGUAGUUUGUAAAUUUAUAUAGAUUUACGUAAGUAUUGCAAAGGAACGGUUUUUUUACUUUAUAUCCCGAACUCAAAUAGACAUAUAUUUGUAUUGUAUCUCAGUAUAUUGUAUCAAAUAAAAGGAUGACGAAAAGAUAUUAAUCUAUGUGGGCUGGAUUUCACUGGUCUAAGACUUUGAGCUGUGUCCAAUUUUAAGGACCGGACACUGCGUUGUGCUUUCAUUCAACUACAUAAUUUAUGUAACAGAAUUUCGGAAAGAUAUGAGAUGUCUCCCAUAGAACCACUGAUGUUGCGCGCAACAUAUAACUUUAUUAGCAAUAAUUAUAUGACAUUUAAUCAUUA